AUGAUCGAGCACUUCCUCGAAGAGGUGGAGAGCGAGCACAGCGAGCCCAACAGCGAGCCCAGCGAGCUAAAGGGUGAGAAGAGUAGUGCUUUGCAAUCCUUCUUGCGAAGGCAUGGCUUCAUGAGUAUCUACAGUGCUCGCCAGGCGAACUGUCAGGUCGUUCGAAUGGAACGAAUUUAUCCCAUUCACGUUGCAGCACAGCUUGGCGACCUUAAGAUUGUCAAGAUGCUGUUGGAAGAUGGGGCAGAUCCACUUCAGGAGUGCUUCGAUGGUCGCAAUGCCGUGGACUUUGCCCGUAACGCUGACGUGAAUGGCUCCCAUCAAGAGGUCAUGGAGUUGCUGGAAAUGGGUCUAACUUCGAUCUCAUUUUAG